AUGCGAUCGCUUUCCUUCAGCACGAUGGCUGGGCGUCCUUUGCGUGUGGCGCCUCUCGAGCACGACCUGCCAGAGGUGAGCCCACCCAGAACCGCACUCAUCACUUUUCACACAGGGGAUGGCACACCUGCGAGAAGGGAAGAUGGUCGUUCCUGUGGCUGUGUGUGUCCUUUGACAGCAUCUGGCGAGUCAGUGGGAGGAGUUGAUGGUGCUCAAGUGGCACGAGGUCAUCUACCGCCUCACAGAAGAGGGCCUGGCUGAGCCUGCAGUGGCUGUGAGGGACUUCCUCCUCUUCAUGAUGCUGGUACGAAUGCAUGAGCACACAAGCGGCUGCGCAAAUGGUUUGUUUGCUGCCGUUGGGUGUGGUUGUGUGUGAUGUGUGUGUGCAGAAGGGUGUAGAGAACGACCGCAGCUGCCGCCUGUCGGUGCCGGCCCACAUCGACGAGGUGUGGCAUUCAGUGCUGGUCGACCCGGUGCUGUACAUGUCGCUCUCGCGCAUCGUCGGCAUCGAACCCGUCAUUCCGCAGUACGCGCACACAGAUACACACGAAUGCACACAGACCACAGAGAGAGCGCAUUGCGGUGUUCUGUGUGUGUGUGUGUUUGCUUACGUGCAGUGAUCCGAUGGGCGAGUACGACAGCGACGAGUUGAAGAUGCGCCGCCGGCAGGCCGCCUUAGACAAGUUUGCAGAGCUAUACGGCCGCCCCUACACACACAACUACUGGUGAGUGAGUCGAUGGUUGGGGGAUUAUGUGGAUGCCUGCUGUGGGUAUGGCGUUUGUUAUCUUUGUGUGUGCAGUGGUGGGGGACGUGGCGCGUUGGGGUCGGCUCUUCGCGACCAUGGCCGCUAUGUCUUCACACAGCCGCCCACAUUGUAGGAACACAAAACGGCUCACAUACCUGAAUUUUGUGCACCGUUUGGUGUUCUUCUUCUUCUUCUUCUUCUGUGCAGCCAGACUUCGAACAUCAUCAAGGUGAACGUCAUGACCCUUACGGGCAAAACCUUCCACCUGUGGGCUGAGCGGCCGGCGGCGACGGUAGAGGACUUCAAGGACGGCGUGCGACCUUCCGAGGGCAUCCCGGCCGAAGAGCAACGGCUGGUAUACGCUGGCAGGUCAGUCAGUGGCGGGGCGUAUGUCUGCUGUCUUGCGGGUGUGGCCACACACGUGCAUUCUGACAUUCGUAUGCGCGCAGGCAGCUGGAUGAUAAUCGCACGCUGUCGGACUACGGCGUGUUUGACGGCUCGACGAUCCAUCUCAUCCUGCGGCUGAAGGGGUGCUGAUCCACUCGCCCAAUUAGCUCAACUACCAAUUAGGAGGGAGGGAGGGAGAACGAUGCAUGCCGGUGAAUAGCAAGGCAUCCAUGGUACAUGUGCAUAGACGCAGCUAUGGGUUGCCUGUCUGCCUGCCUGCCUGCCUGCCGGGAUGAUGGAUGGAUGGAUGGAUGGGUGCGUGGGGGUGGUGGUGGCUCUCGGCGCACACACGUGCAUUGCAGACGGACAGCAGCAUAUCUCAGAUACAUGAGUGGACGGGUCAGUAUCAAUUCGACACAUGGCUUGGUCGAAUUGAUACUGUGGCUUAGCCCCGUGUGUCCAUAUGUCCUUCUCCCGCCCUGCCCUGUCCUGUCUGUUUCUGUGUCUGGGCCUGAAUGCGAUUAGACACAGCCACGUGACAGCCGCAGCCCACAUUGGGCUGCGCAGCCUCUGAUAUGCCCAUGUGGACAGACAGACAGACGGACUUAUCGACGCUGAAUUGGAUGAAUGGAUCAAUGGAUAAUAUGGGCGUUGAACUGUUG